AUGUCGAUAAACUGGGUUAUGUUGAGUGAAGGGGGCUUCGUCAAGCUCGGAAACGAACGGAUCCUUGUCAAGCUCGACUCGAGAAUAGCGUGCGAGUUGUCUGUGCCUCCGGAACACAAGUCUCGAUGUACCCCUUUCCAGUGCAAAAGCGACAAAGGUGCCCUGUUUCUAACAAACAAGAGAAUUGUCUAUCUACCCGCCAAACCUUCACAAGAACCAAAGUUUGAAUCCUUUAGCGCUCCAAUUCUCAAGUUUCAAGACUCGAGCACAUCAUCAUCAAUGUGGUGGGGCUGGGUUUGGAAGUCUGAUUGCAUUCCUGUCUCGGGAGGAGGUAUACCGCCUGAUUUACCGAGAAUUGAGGUCAAAUUCACCUUUUCAGAUGGUGGGAUGAUGGAUUUCAAUGAAGCCUACAUUCGAUUACGGGAGCGCUUGUUUCAGUACCAGGAAAUGCGACGAGACUUGGGCCCAGGAGCAGACAUACCCGAUGAGCCUCUUCCCGCAUACGAAGCUUCCGGCAGCCAGCAUCCCGAAGCAAGCACGUCGAGCGUGCCUCGAACUAACCCGUCAGAAAAUGCUUGCCACCGCAGAGCCCCUGCCGAACCCCCCCCGAACUACGAGGAAGCCCAAGCUCAGCAACUCAGCAUUCGUCUUGAAGAUCACAUUCGUGACGAAGCGGACCGGGCCACCGCUGAGGACUGA